GAUUUUAAGAUAGAAGAUUUUUUGGGAGUUGGAAGAUUCAUGCUAAAGUGUGAAAAUGAAGUGAUUUGUCUUGUUUUGGGGUUAAGAGAUAUUUUUAUUUAAGAAGAAAAAAAAACUUCCAAAAUGGCUGCAGCAUCAACAAGUCCCUCUUUAUUUCCUGCAACUCGUUCUGCUUCUAAUACUAAUACAAGUCCCUCUGUUUCAAAUAUUUAUGCUACAAGUUUUAUGGGCGCGCACUUGAGAACAUAUUAUCCAGCUACAAGGAAACUAGUAAGGAUCCAUAGGGGUAUAGUUGCUGCGGCAGUUGCAACUUCCCCUGCAGAGGAAAUCAAAGAAUAUGUGCUUCCUUCAUGGGCUAAAUUUGACCUUGGAAUAUCACCAGUAUAUUGGAAAACAAUGAAUGGUCUUCCUCCAACUGCAGGAGAGAGACUGAAGCUUUUUUACAAUCCAGCUGCAAGCAAUAUGGUACCUAAUGAAGAUUUUGGAAUCGCGUUUAAUGGAGGUUUUAACCAGCCUAUCAUGUGUGGAGGUGAGCCUAGGAUAAUGCUCGAGAAAAUCAGAGGAAAAGCCGACCCUCCUAUUUAUACGAUUCAGUUAUGUAUUCCCAAGCAUGCUCUUAGUUUGAUCUUCUCAUUCACAAAUGGAAUCGAAUGGGAUGGUCCCUAUAGACUACAAUUUCAAGUCCCCAAGGCUUGGAGAAAUAAACCAACUGAAUUCUUCACUGAGGGUCUUACACAGGAGUUGAGCCAGGAGGGUGCCUGUGACAGGGCAAUCUUCCCGGACUCGAGUAUCUUGAUCACAAGAUGUGCUAUGGUUGGUAACUUGAAUGUGGAUGGAGGUGAUCGUUGCAAUCUUGAUCUAGUACCGGGAUGCAUUGAUCCAGAUUCUCCCCAGUAUAAUCCACUAGCCAAUGUAGAUGAUGGAUCUUGUCCACCAUAUUCAGAUUCUGAGGAUUAACUUUCAGUACAUAUAUACGACUCGUGAUGUUUAUAGUUUAGUGUUAUCGAUGGAAGUCUUUCACACGUGCGUGUAUUCGAUUUCAACUAUUUACCUUUGUGAUAAAGAAAAUGUGUAGAAUUACUAAAAGGAAUGAAUCUCCAA